AUGACAAUAUUGUUAGGUGAAUCAUCGGUGGGUAAUUUAGACCUCGAGUCUCAGCAUAGUAGUAGUGUUGCGUUGCUACCAAUUAGGACUGAUCAUAAUAAUACUCCGGCUACGAGAAAGGCUGGGUCCCUCUGGCGGCGCUGCUUUCACGCCAUCGUUCAAGUGAGGAAAUUGCUACUCUUGGUAAACCAAAACAGAGCUCGUAAUAAUGGAAACCAACUACUGCUCCAUCAUCCCUUAGCAGAUGUUCCUUACGUCGCUAUCUCCAUUGCUAUUAAUAAUGGUGUUAUUGACGAAACAGAUGAAGCAGAACUACUACUCCCUGCAUCACCCAAUGGUGAUGAACAUGCUCACAAUCAUCGAGAGGUAGUUGCGGAAACCAACAACACUAGCAGUAAUAUUGGUACUGCUACUACUGCUGAUGAAAUUAUAAACCAACAAAAAGACAGAAUCGCAGAGAUUACGAGAACCAAGGAUUUGAUUUCCUUAAACCAAAUUGGAGGUCUCAAAGGAGUCGCAGAGGCUCUCAAUACUGAUUUAGAGGCUGGAAUCCCUGGCCACCAAGAAGAUCUAAAUAGACGAACAAGUACUAAUUUAGAUAUCCCCAACAAUACAGGACACGCAAGUACUGAAGCUAUAACUUCUCCAAGCUUCUUCAGAAUCAUCCUAAAUCACUGCAACAAUAUCCCCAUCAUGAUUCUCUUCAUUGCUGCAGGGUUGUCGUUUGGAUUGGGAAUGAAGUUAGAUGGCCCCGAGACAGGUUGGUACGAAGGGUGUUUUAUAAUGGUUUCCAUUAUAAUACUCGUCUUUGCCCCUGCAUUUCGUGACCUCUGGGAAAUUAAACGCUCACGUAGGAAUCGACCAAUGCCUAUCUUGAAGCAGAAUUCGGUGUUUGUUUACAGAGGAAACAUCAAACAACAAGUGUAUGUCUCUCAACUCGUCCAAGGAGAUGUCUUGUUGUUGGAGACCGGGUGUGUUGUUCCUGCAGAUGGUUUAUUUAUUAGAGGUGAGUUUCUAGUGGUGCAUGACGGAUCGGAGUCCACUGUUGAUGAAGAUGAUCCCUUUUUGUUUCAUGGUUUCAUGGUGACUCAUGGAAGUGGACGUAUGCUGGUUACAGCUGUGGGCGCAGACACCGAAUUUAGCAAGCUUAUGAGUUUUGAAGCCUCUAGUGCUCAAACCCCGGACAGAAUAGCUCGGUGGCCUGCUCAGCUUGAUUGGUUGUGUAAAGUUACACACAUUAUAGGGCUUUCAUUUUCUGUGAUCAUUCUGGUGGUUAUUUUAGUUCGUGUUAUGUUGGACAAACAUUUUGAUUCUGACACUGAUCUUCCUCAGUUCAAGGGGAAGCCAACUAAAAGCUACGAAAUCAUGGAUGUUAUAGAGAUGGUUUUCAUGAGACAAAGAGGAAAUAUAUGUUCAAAUAUAGUAGCUUUACUUGUAGCAAUGGUGGGAGUUGUGGAAGGAAUACCCUUUAUUAUUACUUAUGUAUCCAUUUUAAGGAUAAAGAAGAUGUUGCCUAAAGAAGCCUAUUCAGAUUUAGGACUGUUGAGUUCUGUGACAGUGGGAUCUGGUACAGUCAUUUGCACUGAUAAAGCUCCAUUGAACCCAAUUGAUGUUCCUAUGUGUUUCAUUGGUGCUGAAGAGGUCAUCAACACUACAAGCUCCAAUCUUGCUAAGGUAUCAACACCUAUUCUUGAAACUCUAGGGAAAGGUAUCAGUGCGCCCUUUGUGUUACCAUCGAGUCUUCGGAAGGAAGAGGAUCCACUUCGUACAUGGGCUUGCUUAAAUUUGAAGAUAAAGUUUGACACUCUGGGGCAAAGUUGGAAAAUUAUGAAGAUCAAGAGAUUGAGCUCAGAUGAGGAAGGAAGUGCAGUUUUGAUAAAGGGGAACAACAGUACUGAGAAAGAGAAUAUAUCUUUGCAUUUCAAAGGACCUGCAUCAACAAUAUUGGGAAAGUGCUCCAGCUACUAUGACAGGAAUGGACAUAUCAAGGAAUUGGAUGUCAUCAAGAGAGAAAUUUUCAACAAACAUAUUGAAGAGAUGCAAUUGAGAGAUCUAAAUACCAUUGCAUAUGCUUGCAAGCGGAAAUAUGAUCCAAUUGUACUGGAAAAGGAGGAUCAUGACUUAACCUUAAUAGCAAUGGUUAGUAUGAAGAAGUACACCUGUUGCGCCAAGCUGAAAAAAACACUGAAAGAGUUUAAAGAUGCUCAGGUGACGUUCAUAUUGGUCUCAGAAGAUGAUACGUCAGAGCUUAGAAAGAUAGCUAUUGCUUGUGAAAUUCUUUCCCCGGGUGGAAUGGUAAUUACAGGUGAAGAUUUUCAAAGGUACAACGAGCAAGAGAAGAUCGAUAAUGCAGAUAAGAUUUGUGUAAUGGGUAACUCUCUUCCAUGUCACAGAGUACUUCUAAUGAAAUACUUGGAAGGGAAAAGAGAAGUUGUUGUAGCGCUCGGAAGUAGAACAAACGAUAUUCUCUUGCAAAGACAAGCAAAUAUUGGUGUUACAAUGGGGCGAUGGAGCUGCCAAAUGGUUAGAGAGAGUUCUCACCUAGAAGUUUUUGAUGGAAGGUUGAAAUCCUUGCUUAAAGUUACUAAGUGCGGGAGAUGUACUUAUCACAACGUUCAGAAGUAUAUUCAACUGGAAUUCGUCACCAACAUUGCUGGAACAUUGAUAGCAUCCAUUACCACAAUGUGGUUGGGAUCAAACUCAAUCACUGGCAUUCAACUGUUGUGGACUAAUUUCGUCACAACUUUUGUCAUUGGUCCUGUUCUACUGAUGGAACAACCUAAUAUUGAGUUGAUGCGGAGGGGUCCAAUCAGACCAAACAAGUUUGUCAUUUCAAAACACAUGUGGAGAAAUAUGAUCAUUCAGACUAUGUAUCAGACUACUAUCUUGAUCACUUUUCAAGUCAAAGGGCACCAUCUACUGAAAUUCUUCAAGGUUCAUCAUAAGUGGCAGCAUCAUGUGAGUAAGCCCAUGAUUUUCAACAGUUUUGUUUUCUGCCAAAUUUUUAAUAUGGUGAAUUCAAGAGAGCUAGAGAAGGUAAAUGUGAUGAUGGGGAUUCAUCAAAAUCUAUGGUUUCCCUUGGCUGUGGUUUUGGUACUAGGAUUACAAGUCACUUUCAUUGAGGUGGCCCAUGCCGCCAAUAAGGAUGAGAGUUUGAGUUUGGCUCAGUGGGGGGUCUGUUUCAUCAUAGGACUUGUUUCAUGUCCAGUUGAUGCAGCUGCAAAGAGCACAUGGAACCUCACCAAGAAGCUAUUUUCCAGGUUUCGUGCUAUACCAUGACACACUAUUCACUAAUGUUUGGAACUCACUAGCCGAGUCAUGUAGCUGCACUGCAUGAGAUUGGUCAGGACCGUGCAUAAACUACUACUACUACUAGACAUAGAAUAAUGACCAAUUCUGUGGAGUCACGUGACUAGGAUUAUGAGUUUUAUUAUUUUUCAUUCUAGAAUGUCCACUUAUGAGUAGGCUUGAAAAUUCUACAUAAGCUCCAUCGUAAUUAGAACAUCUUUUGCUAUUGUUAUAAUUAUUUGGCCAUUAAAUUGCUAUGUAUAUAUAUUCACACUAUCACGACCUAAGAUUUUUUUGUUUUUAUAUUGCUAA